CAGGAGAUCGAAACUCAAGCUCUGGAGGUGACUCGCGGCCUCACCCAACAGUUGCAGUCGGCUACCACAACGCUUGUCUCCAACCUCCAAGGUCUACCGGCCGGACUUCAAGAGAAAGUGGGUCUCGUCCGCCAGAACGUCGACGAGCUCCGUAACGCCUUCAUGACCGCUGGGUCUUUCCAGGAUCUGUCGGGAUCCAUCCUAGCUCAGAGUCGGGAAAAAGUCGCCAAGGCCCGUCAGUUGACGGAUGAGCUGAUGGAUCACGUGGUCCAAAAUGCCCCUCUUACUUGGCUUGUAGGGCCUUUCACAGCCUCGGGCAAACCGGAGGGGGAAGAAAUAGAAAUGAAAUAGCCUUUCAAGGGUGUGAGCAGUUCAGGAUAUUGUUAAAAGUGUUAAGGGGUUUAUUUUGGGAGCAAAGAGAAGAAUUAAGCUUGGCUGCAAAUAGUUUAAAUAAAUAUAGAAUUCUUGGUGCAAAAGAUCACUGGACCAUGCAAAACCAAGAGGGGUUUUUUUGGGGGGGGAUGGUCUGGGUGCUUUUGUUUUUUCUAACACGAUCCAGUGAAAUUUUGGGCUGGUGGGCUUAUUUUGCCCAAUUUAACACACCUGGUUUAGUAAAUUGACAAUUGGAGAGGCGUUUUUUUUUCUCACUAACUCCAUCUAAAAGCAAGUUUGUUUAUUAUUAUUUUUUACUUUGCAGGAUUAGGAGAAGAGAAUCCAUUUUUAAAUGGAUAUGGGCAAAAUUAAGAAGCGGUUAUCUGUAUUUUUCAUCUGAACCCUUCCCCCCCACCCCCCCAAUCGCAGGGAGAUUAUUCUUGCAAUCUGGGAGACAAAGAAUUAUUCAGUAUAUGGUGCAAAACGCAGCAAAACAACGGGGAGGUUUAACCAAUUCCACCCAACUAGUGCCUUUUUCUUCUGAAUGUUUCCUUCCCCGCGAUAAUUCUCUGGCUUAAUUGGUCUCCUUUCCACCCUGCUCUUUCUGCGGAGGGCACGGAUUCGGGGUUUUUGCAAAUAGCGACAGCACUGAGAAAACUGAAAAUGCCAGGAAUGUAAGCAGGAUGAAGGGAUGGAGACAAAGGUUAGGAAAUUAUCUGGGUUUUGAUUAUUAUUAUUAUUCCUGCAUUCUGGUCCU